AAACAGAAGCCGUUCAAAUCUGAUUGUGAGUAAAUUAAAUUUAACAUCUUUUUAGGAUCUUUCCAAAUCAAAUUUCGAAGACAAGUUGUUUUGGAAUCUUCCAUAAACUAUAUCAGAAGUAGAGAUGAAUAAAUUAAGUACCCUCAAAUAAGUUGAGGCUUUUUACUUGGCAAUUUUCAUUCGUUGCGAUAGCUAGCGCUCUCUCUUCCUUCUCCAAAGUAGAGGAGAGAGAACACAAAGCUGAGAAUAUAUAAUUUUUUAAUUUUUUUUGUUUUUUGAAGAAAAAAAAAAGAAGGGACGGAAGACAUUGAGAAAAGAGUAAUUAUUAUUAUUAUAACAAAAACCAAAAGAAAAGCCGUAAAAAUCUAUGGUUAGAGAGGUAUGCAGUGGUUAUGCCUCAAAUUAAUGGUGGUUUGUUGCGGGUAGGCAAAGGAAGGAUGAUGACGGAGGUGCAGGAUGCAGGCCGGACACGAGUGCUUUUUGACGGAGACGGAGACGGAGACGGAGGAGACCGCCCGCAGCAAGAAGCACCCAUUACGUCGUUUGCAUGUUCUUCAUCAUCAAGAUCAACAUCAUAUAAUAACUAUAAUCGCCGUCGUCUAUUAUCAUCAUCAUCAUCUUCCCGUCAUCACUUGAUGAUCAUUUUCCUUCUUCUUCUUGUGUCGUUGGCAUUUGUAUCUCAUGUAUCGGCUCAACCAGGAGGAGGAGGAGAUGUGGACGAUGACGACAACGAUGACGACGAUGCAGCUGGUCAUAAUCAUGUUGCGGAUGCAAAGAGCUCUUCGGAGGCCCUCCUCAACUUUAAAAGCUCGCUAUCUACAUCUUCAGUUAAAGGAAAGGAGUUGCUGGCUUCUUGGGUCUCAUCCACAACCCCGUGUAACGGGAACAAUGCCAAUUGGUUGGGAGUAAUUUGCUUUGAAGGGGACGUAUGGGGUUUGCGACUCGAAAACUUGGACCUGUCCGGAGCAAUUGAUAUAGAUUCCCUACUCCCUUUGCGUUUCCUCCGGACCCUUAGCUUUAUGAACAACACCUUCAAGGGGACAAUGCCUCGUUGGAAUAAACUUGGUGCCCUCAAGUCAUUGUACUUGUCCAAUAAUACUUUCUCAGGUCAGAUCCCCGAUGACGCCUUCAAGGGUAUGAAUUCUCUCAAAAAACUUUAUUUAGCCAAUAACCAAUUCACAGGCAACAUUCCCUCCUCCCUCGCCACCUCCUGUCCCAGGCUCUUCGAGCUCACUCUUGAAAACAACAAAUUCACUGGCUCUGUACCUCAUUUCCCCCGAGACGUUGUCAAACUCCUCAACGUAUCCAACAACCAACUCGAGGGCCCAAUACCCCCUUCUCUUUCUUUGAUGGAUCCAUCAACAUUUGCAGGGAACAAAGGCCUUUGUGGGAAGCCUUUGGAAUCAACUUGCAACUCCCCAAGUCCAGAAGCAAAUAGUCCUACUCCUAAUAGCCUCAACUCCACGAACAGCGGUCAAUCUGGUGAUAUAAUUAAGAACUCGCCCUCUCUCCUGAGUAGAGUAAUAUUGAUCGUUGCAAUUUGUUUGGUGGUCUUAUGUCUCGUGAUUGUGUUAAUUCUUGUCAUGCGCCGCCGCAGCCAUAGCAAGAGACAAAAUAAUCCAGAAUUCACCAGCCGGGCUGUCGGAUCAGAUAAUAUUGAUGGGGAUCAAAACACCUUGAAAUUAGCUCAUGAUCACAUGACAAUGAGCGGCAACCCAACUUACCCAAGACACGACAACAAUAUUAACAGCAACAAGGCGAUAGAGGCACCAGCAACAGCAGUAGUGGGUAAGCUGUCGUUUGUUAGAGACGACAGGCCUCGAUUUGAUCUACAGGACUUGCUAAGAGCAUCAGCGGAGGUGCUUGGCAGUGGGAACCUAGGGUCCUCUUACAAGGCACUACUUAUGGAUGGCCAAGCCGUUGUGGUGAAAAGGUUUAAGCAAAUGAACCAUGUAGCUAAAGAAGACUUCCACGAGCACAUGAGGAGGUUAGGCAGACUAAGCCAUCCCAACCUACUUCCCCUUGUAGCCUAUUAUUAUAGGAAAGAAGAGAAGCUGCUUGUUUAUGACUACGCCUCCAAUGGUAGCUUGGCCAGUCACCUCCACGGCAAUCACUCUAGGCUGGACUGGUCAAGUCGCUUGAAGAUCAUAAAAGGAGUUGCAAAUGCAUUGGCAUACCUUCACAAUGAGCUGCCAAGCCUAGCACUUCCGCAUGGUCACCUCAAGUCAUCAAAUGUUCUUCUGGACAAAUAUUCUAAUCCCUUGUUGAUGGAUUACACAUUAGUGCCCCUGGUGAAUCUUUCGCAAGUCCAACAUCUUCUAGUCGCUUACAAAGCCCCCGAGUAUGCACAACAAGGCCGCAUCACGAGGAGAAGUGACGUUUGGAGCCUUGGAAUUCUAAUACUAGAGACCCUCACGGGUAAACUCCCAACAAACUACCUCGCUCUCAGCACUGGCUAUGGCACCGAAUUGGCUACUUGGGUAGAAACGAUCAUUAAUGAUAAUGAAUCAACCUAUGACAAAGAGAUGGAUAUCACUACAAAGGAUACAACUACUCAAGGACAGAUCCGAAAGCUCUUCAAUAUUGGAGUGGCUUGUUGUCAAGAAGAUUUGGAUACAAGGUGGGAUCUCAAGGAAGCUGUUGAAAGUAUACAAGCCUUAAAUGACGAGGCCAAUCCAGUUGACGUUGGAGCUUAAUUUGACAUCGAUAGUACGUCCAACUAUAUAUAUAUAUAUAUAUAUAUAUACACACACAUUAAUUGAUGAGUCCCCUAUCUAUACAUACAUAUAUAACUUAUCCCACCAGUGCAUUACAUACCAUGUUUGUACACAUUUUCAUUGUAUACUUCACUAAGUUACUGAAGGCUUAAUAUAUAUAUAAUAGACCUGCAUCCCGAUCGAUGUCUUCCACUCCAUAAUUAUUGGACGCUAUAGUUUGGAAGUGUAUAUAAAUGUACAUCUACAACUUUGUUUAGCUCUAAAAUGUUCUGGUUCGAUGGGUUUUGGGAUCGUUUAAUUUGGUUUGAUCGAGGAUAAAGGAUAAUAACUUCCGUAUGUAAAAUGAUGUCACUUUGGGGAAUUCAAUAUCUAAAUUGACACCUAUUUUCAAUCA